CCACACGUGUCGUUCCACUGCUUUCUUCCUUAUUUCAUUGCUCUUCGUCCGCGCGUCAUCUUUACCUCACGAUUUCAGUCUUUUUCUUCUCCAGCGAUUUAUCCAGAACUAUUUUAACUCUCAUUCGCUCACUCAUUACGACUACUCCUCUGCAACGAGGUUUCACGGCGCUUGUAUAACUCAUGGCUGCCACCCAGCAGUUACCGUCAUGGAUGACACUGGCAACUAUCGUGUACACCAAUGCCGCAGGGCAAACUGUAACGACCGAGACCACACUUCAACUUCCCCUCACAUAUUACGGUCCAAGUAUCCCCUUGGGCAGUGAUGGUGCUUGGACUUACGGUGGUCUCACCACGCCAGCACCUUCAACCUCAUCUCUGCCGAUCACAUCCACUACAAUCUCCUUCACUCCCACUUCCUCCACCCCUACCUCCUCUGCGACACCCACUUCGUCAUCAUCGUCCUUUAAAUCUUCAUCUUCAUCAUCUACCUCUACAUCCUCAUCUACCUCUGCCACAUCAACCCCGUAUUCGAAUGCCACAACCCUAUCUAAAGGCGCUCUCAUUGGUAUCAUAAUUGGUGCCAUUGCUUUGUUCGUCGUCUUGCUGCUGCUUUUUAUCUGGUUCGUCCGCUGGAAUUCCCGCAGACGAGAUUCCAGAGCUAUCACGCCUAUAUGGACCGGAUGGAAUGUCCUUACACCCGAUCCAACCGGGGACGAGGAGAGCCGUCCGGCUGGUGUGGGUUCUCCUCGGGACAGCGGUGACGAAGCAAGUUCUUUCCUCCGCCAAAGCACCAGUGCUCCGGAUGUUGCACGCCGUUCACGACCAGUAUCUUCACUUCCGCCCGGUGCCGCACCACCCCAUAACAUGGGAAGCACCGGCUCAGACAGAACAAGAUCCUCCCAAGCUUCGACAGACUAUGGUGUCGUGGUGCCUGGCUCAGGCCACUUUGGACAGGCGUACAAUGGGGAUGGCUUCCCUGCGCGUUUCAGCAGGGAAAUGGCAGGGUACAUCAUGGCUCCUGGUGAGCUUCUCUGCAUUGAAGAUGAGGAAGAGCCAGAAGAAAUACUCCCACCGCGCAUGUACAGUCCAAGCCAUCCCUCUCUGCCCGACCACAUCACGCCUCUGCUCCCGCCCCCGCCUUUCGAGGGAGCUGCUACCCGCAAACCUUCCGAUCGGUCCCUGCUUAACGAAAAGGAAAAGUCCGUCCGCAGUGCAUCUUACCCAACGAGCGAGUUCGAGGACUCAAAGGUCUUCACCGCCCGUCGCGUACGCGUCCAGGAGCUCGGUCCGCGCAGCCCGCAAGAUGAUGACUCCACAAAUACCGAGCCUGUUCCAGGGCCCAGCAGCUGGCGCAACUCUGUCUCCCGUCUGCGAAGGAGCUGGUUUGGGUCCUCGUCAUCUCGUAGCGCAUCAAGACCCAGCUCGCGGAAGUCUGAUAAAGACGCUGAGGCAGCGCAAUCGUUGCUCGGCCGCAGACUCGGUGUAGCGCCUGCAGGGGAACGUCCAAUGUCGGGCGUGAGCGCUAAGAGCGCAGUAUCCGGGAACACGGUGUACCAUGACGCAGUCUCUCGUAUAGGUACCCCUGUUUCGCUUCCUUCCAGAGCAAUCACCCCUGGGAGUCAGAGGGGAAGCGCCGCGUUUCCAUUGGAUUUUGCACCGCCUGUGCUGAGUGGAGCACCCCCGGCAUAUGAUGAUCCAUACGAUUUGAUAGGCAGUCGGAAUUCCAGCCCAUUGUCCCCCACGGGUGUAGAUGUUCUUGAUAUACCAGCUCCAGCUCCCUUCUCAUCUGCUUCGAGGGGAACGCCUUUGCCGCCUGGUCUUGUGCCAUUGUCCAGUCGUCGUGCUUGGAGAGACUCGUUGUCCGUUAUUACGGGCUCCUCAAACGAUGCUGGUAUCACAAUUGAUGUUCUUGAUGCCGAGCCACCGCGAGCAGGUGAUGGCUGGAAGAGCUUAGCUGGCGGCAGUUUCCUUGGUGGUAGUGCAGGACCUGACCCAAAUGAGGGGAGAACGACGUUCGGAAUCCCCCAACUCAUCCAUCAAGGAAAUCCCAUGGUCUCUGAGCGAGGGUCUCUGCACUCGAUGCGGUCGCAUCUAAGCCCCUACUCUGCCCGCUCAUCUUCAGGCUCGGCACCUGCAUCCUCCGCACGCGUUUUCAAUCUCUCGGGAUCCAAUUCUUCUCGUCCUUCUGCAAAUUCCGCCCAAUCACGCAUAGCGACCACGUCGUCUGGAUCCCUGAACUCCAGUCGGCCGCUUGGUCCCAUCUCGCCAUCUGUGAGCGCGUUUGGCAUGUCCCACAUUGAGGAGUAUGAGGACCCGUAUGCGGAGCCAGGCAGCCGCACAUCAUUCCUUGGUCCGAUGCCCUCAUUCACUUCUCAUUCAGUACUCUCCCAACCAACGAUCCGUAGUGUGGGUGCCACGACAAUUACGAGCGAUGAUACGGAGGUGACGAGAACGACUAUCACUUCGGGCUCUGACGACAUGACGAGCACGCCUUUGCCAUGGUUUCAAGAACCAUUGAGGGCCGAAAUUUGAGGACUCGAGGUUAUAGUACGCUUAGAUGUUUUCUUUUCCCAGUGCUGGGAGUAGAGCUAUUCUAUUGAUGCAUAUUGAACGCUUUUUUGGGCACUCAUCUUCACGAUCUAUCUAUUUUGCUUCAUCAUACAUUCUGCGACACCUCUCUGAACUUUGCGAUACCUUCCGUACUUAUCUUCCAUGCUCGCUACGAGGACAGCUCCUUACUUACGACUGAUGAUGAUGAUCUCUUGAAUACAAUCCUCGUAUGAUCUUGAGUGAAUAAUGUUAACGACAUAGCAAUGGAAUGGACUUGCUACUGUAGUAUGGAGAAGAAUGGCUGGGACAAAAGCAGUAGUCGAUAGC